AUGUCAUCAAUCGCCCCAGUAUCAAACGCCCAAAAGAGCUCUUAUUCUCCCGAUGACGAUUUGACGGGGGUUACUAGCGCGGCUUUACGGCGGAGAAUACAGAACCGUCUAAAUCAAAGAGCAUACCGCGCACGUCUCGAGGCGCGUGCUCAAAGGGAAAAGCGAAUAAAUGAAGCACCACAAGUCCCUAAAAUUGGAGAUGCUGCUACCCUCGCACUACCGAAGAGCGGAGCCAAAUCACGGCCAAAUCCAAUUAUAUGCACAUUAUGUGAGGCACAACACUCACAGUGUACAUUCGCCCCUCCGAACAUACAUGCUCUUAUGGAUGAGUUCGAAAAAAGAGCCCUGAAUAGUUAUUUGGAAGGCUCGCCAAAGACGGAUCUUUUGAUCAGCCUAAGUAGACUAAACGUCCUUCGGGCAGCAUACGAUAAUGUCAUGGCUAUGGGGAUGACAGCGGAGUGGCUUUGUCAAGAUGAACCCAUUUCAAUAUUCAGUAUACAGGGUCCUCAGCUUUCUGAGGAUAGUAUCCCAUUCACUUUACGUCCCACAGACCUACAACGAUCAACGCCACAUCAUCCAUGGCUUGAUAUUUUCCCAUUUCCUCAGUUUCGUGACAACCUCAUCCGAGCCGGAGAUAAUCUUGAUGAUGAUGAAUUAUGCCAUGACCUUACGGCGUUUUGGGACACUCGCACUAGUAAUGCUAGGUUACUCGUCUGGGGAGUACCGUCUUGUCCGGAGAAUUGGGAGGUCACAGAGGAAUUUGCUAUCAAGUGGGGUUUCUUUCUGCGAGGUUCUCCUGACAUUCUCAUUUCAACAAAUAAAUGGAGGUUGAAAAGAGGUGAGAAGCCACUGGUUUGGAAGAGAAUAUUUGGUAUAUACUAA